AUGAGACUUUGGGUGUGUUUGUUGCUGACUUGUGCGUCAGUGUGGGGGUUCCCGGAGAGGAGAUCGGCCGAGAAGCAGCCUGACUUGCCGCAGCUAGCCCAGCAGUUGCAGGGCAGCAAGGACAACAGAGUCAGGGAAACCCAACGGGAUUGCAAAGGGAAGUGCGCCUCCAGUAUAGCGCAGAAGGCUGCUGCAGAGGCGAAGGCGGCACAGGCGGCACAAAACGCUGCAGGAGCACAAGCGGCUCAUAUGGUCAAAACUCAACUGGCAGAGAAGGCACUUCAGGCAGCUAAGGCAGCUGAGGCGGCACUCGCUGGCAAACAAGCUGUAGUAGAACAACUUCAACAAGAAGUGAAGGAAGCUGAAGCAGUUGUUGCAGAGAAUACAGCGGCUGUACAUCAACAACAAGGGACUGUAAACGCAGCUGUGCAAGCCGCACAGCAGGCUACUGCUCAGCAUAAACUUAUGGUACAAGCGACGCAGUUAGCUGCACAACUUGAAAAGUCAGCUCACUGUGUUUUAGAGAAGACUAAGUUCGGAUUACAAGAGAAAUGCCAUAAUCUGUCAGAGGCCCGAGCAAGACUAGCACAUUUGCAACACAAACUGCAAUGCGCCUGCGCUGAAUGUGCUGCGACCAAGCAGGCUGCUCACUGUGCUUGCGAAGCGGCGCGUGCUGCCUGCGGCAACGCGCGUAGGAAGAAACAUAUCGCCAACCAAAUUGCUGUAGAGCCGAAAGACAGCAAACGAGGUCGAUGAUUGAGCAAAUAAGGAAAGUAUGGUUAAGUGAUUAAAACAUCAGAUCAGAGUCGGAAAUUCUGAUUUUGUGGCGGAGUGUAGAAAAAUUGUAGACCAGAUUACCACCUUCGCAAAUAAUCUUUAACGCUGUUAUAUAAUUUUUGUAAAAUUUAUUGGCAGCGUUACAGAGCAACACUAACUACUUAUUUUGGGUUAAGAACUCAAGAAAUGGUCCAACGUCCUUAGGGUACAUUUUUUCUGCAUUAGACGGAAUUUCCGACAAGUACAAAUUGCCAGCUUUAAAUCCGCCACUUAAGCUGAGUGGAGGAGAUUGAUACUAGUUCCAUCAUUUAAUAUGAAAGUGGUUUAAAUGCACUAGCUGUCUAUUACAAUGAUAACUAGCUAAAUAAUUGUCUCCACCUGUACGUUUUGGUUCCUUUGAAAUAACUUGUUUUGUAUCAUUUGACUGACGAUAUCGAACUAUUUCUGAAUAAUGCCUGCGAGG